CUAAACUCAAUCUUCUUCAAUCUCCUUGCAUAUUUUAUCCUCUCUAACAUUUUUUUUUGAGAUUUCUUCAUCACCAUGGGCAAAGACAAGAGUAGGGCUGCUACCUCCGGGAAAUCAAAGUCUAAAUCCCGGGCACCGUCCACAACCUCUGAGGAACGCCUCUACUACGGCGAUGGGUCGUACCUCUGGUUCAAUUCCGAGGAGGAGCGCACCCGAUUCCUCACCUUUUUCUCUAAACGGGUUGUGGCUCCCCCACGGAUCAUCCCGGAGCGCUACCCGGAGUUGCAGGGCUACGACGACCUCGAUGCGCAGCUCCAUCAAGCAGGCCUUUGGCCGUUCGUCUCCCGGGCACGCAAGGAGAUCAACCCGGCGCUGAUCCGGGCCUUCUACUCCAACCUCCGGCGUGAGGAUGACGUGCUCUACUCGCUCGUCAAGAGCACGCCGAUCGAGCUCACCGUGGAGCAGCUUGGGCGCAUCGCCGGCCUCCCCUUCCAAGGCGACGAUG